UUUUUCUCAUUUCGCGUUGUAUUCCCCAACACCAAAAUAAACCUCUGUCUCUCCCAUCUUUUCCUUCCACACACAGCACAUUCUCACCCAGCAUCGCUGUUUCCCCAUAUUUAUUCAUCCAGGGAAGAGGCAAUUUAUUGAUUCAUACUCUUUUUUCCGUUAAUUUUUCUUUAAUAAAACUGGGAUCUUGUCCCUAUUCAACCAACAAAUGCUCGUUGCGAGCGAGGGUUUUCGAAUCUGAUCUUGGUAAGGAGGCGGAUUUGCACCUGGAAUUAGGGUUUUGAUCAGCAAAUUGGGAACUUUUGGGGAUUCGGUUACGAAUCCUGAGGUCUUGGGGCACUUGUGAGGUGACAUCAACUUAGUCGAUUUCGAAGCUGAUGGGAGUUGGCUUUGAUCGUAAGGAGCGUAAGAAUCCCCGUUUUGAGUGUAAGCAUUGUAACUGUGCCAAAGUUGUUUUUCCAAAGAAUAUGGAAGAGGACUGUUCUUACAAAAUAUAACUAAUAAGACACUGGAAAAAUCAGAAUUUUUGGCGAUCUUAUGAAUUAGUGGUUUUCUUUUAUCGAACUAGGGAAUGAUUUUGGGAUUGAAUUUUUAUGAUAAGGUCGAGGAGGCGAAGGUGAUGAUCAUCAAGUGUCAUUCGCCUAGUAGGCCUGUCCUAAGAUCCUCAAUCAGGAAGCAAUAGUCGUUUCACGAGAAGCCCUUCGGAUUAACAUAGUGUAGUUGCAGAAGCUUUUACAGCAAGAGCUAUAGAUAUCAGCACUUGGUAUAUCUUGAUUAGUUGCCAACUGUACCCAGUUAAUACCUAGACUGCUAUUGCAGUUGAGUUUGGAGGUUUUUGUGUUGUACAAAAUUUCUUGUGUUUGUAUGUUGAAGAUUUAUUGAGUUGAAGUUGGUGUCCAUCUGUUCGGUUUCUUGGACUUGGUCACUCGGGUGUAAAGCUUGUGCUGGAAAGAGGGUGAUUAGCGUAUAAGGAUCAGUACAUGCAGAGCUAGAUGGUAGAGUACUGAAGCUGGAAGUCAAUGUGGGGUCAUGGUGCAUGGACGGAGAUUUAAUCGCUGGUCUGUUCCCGCAUUGGAACUCUGCUAUUCAAGAAAAGUAAUCCAAGAACAUUGUUUUCUUGAUUGUAAUUAUUUCAUUUCGACGGGGAAAUUGUGCAAUGUCUCGCUGCUUUCCAUUUCCACCACCAGGAUAUGAAAGAAAGCACAUCCCCGAUGACUUGGACUUAUUAACAGAGGCGAAGCGCAAAGAAAAAAAGCACAAAAAGGAGAAAAAGGAUAAGGAAAGAAAGAAAGAUAAAGAGAGAGAUGGAAGUGAUGAGAAAAAACAUAGGGACAAGAAAGACCGAAAAGAAAAACAUAAGGAAAAGAAGGAAAAGAAGGAAAAGCACAAGGACAAAAAGAAGGAUAAGGAGGGUGGUGGCAAAGACAAGGACAAAAGCAGCAUAUCUGAAGAGUCUACAGUUGCUGGGAAACUUGAGGAUAGAAGUGGAGGGAAGCUUCAGCCAAAAGUACAGAACAAAGAUAGAAGUGGUUUUGGGAAUGAAGCAAGAAGUUCUAGCCCGUUUCAGGGUCAAAAUAGUGGGAAGCCUUCACAAAGCUUUUUGUCUUCCCAGUUCAAUGAGGAAUCAAAAUUUGUUCAGGAACUGGACAGGAGGAUCAGGGAUGAUCAAAGGAGUGGUGGGAGCCAGUUACCUGAGAGAGUUGCUGUUCUGGACAAUAAAGAUCAAAAGAUGGUAUCAAGAGGUGCCAUCAGAAACUCUUCAGGACUGCUGGUAGCGGAAAAGGGUGAUAACAAGAAUAAGAGAACUGAGAGACAAAGUGAUCCUCAAGGGGUGAAAAAUGAUUUCGGUGCAAGUAAAAUGAUGCAGAGCCUUAUCCCAAAUCCCAAAGCUAAAGUUGAAGGGGUUCCGAAAACAGUGGAUGAACAGAAUGGGAGGAGGUGGGAAGACGGAGAGAAAUUUAAGGAAACAGGUGUUGUUAAGCAGAAAGAUAGGGUUAAGGAAAGCCCCUUGAAGGAAAAUGACAAGGACAAAGAGAAGAAAAAAGAAGAGAAUGCAAAGAUUAGAAAAGGGGAUAAGAAUAGCAGUCAGUACCUGUUUAAAAAUGAUGGGAGUAAUGAUCCCAGCAGCAUUAGUGGUAAACAUAGUGUGGACCUGUUGAAGGAAACCCACAGUAAUGCUGGUAAUGAAGGAAAUUUCAGGAAAAGAAAAGAUGAAAAUACAAAUGGUUUCCUCCAUGAGAGUGAUAUCAGGCCAAAUAAAAUGCAAAGGCUUGCUCCUCACCAGUUGACAGAAAAUGGAAGGAAACUCGAUCCUUUCCAGACUCCCAUGAAACCUUCUCAUAAUAAUCACAUUAUCCCUAAUAAUGCUAGAGUGGAUAAUAGAGAGAGGUUGAUGAAUGGCUUCACCGGAGCCCAUAAACCAUCGCCACAAAAGCCAAAAUCUUCUGCAGUAGUAGCUCUGGUCAGCAACCAGAUUGCUGAAGCUUCAAAGGUACCUGGUCAUGAUCCACCUUCUGUGAACAAGGCACUGAAGGUGCCGAAGAUUGAUGACCUAAUAGCUGAAGCAUCAAGAAGGCCUCCCCAUCCCGAUUCCAAGUACCUGGCUGAGGUACUAACAGUGCCCAAGGUGGAGGACUGGUGUGAACCUGACCACCAGGACUGGCUGUUCACCGAGAAAGGUCAUGCAGGUAUGCGUAAGGUGGAACCAGUCAGGGACAGGGACGACCAGCACGUGUGGUCAGAAGCUGUACAUAUUGAAUCAGCAGAUAUUUGCGCUCUGCCUUACGUGAUCCCUUACUGAUUGCUGGUCUAACUGCUACCUUCUGCUGUCUUAUGGCCUGAAUGCUGAUCACCAACGCGAAGCUGGCUUAUCUAGUUGGCCGUUUUGCUGUUGCACAGGCCUGAAUCUUGCAUGUGUCUAUACUGAUGACCAUGAGCUGGCGGUGUGGUGUCUCUCUAAAAGAUACGGGUGCAGCUUGGAAGUUAGGGCGGUUGUGAGACAGCCUAACCUAGUCCUUGAUCUACCCGUGGCACAACCUUGGGAUUGAUUCGAGGUGCAACUCCAGCGUGCACGAGAGUUGUCACAUUGAGCUCUGCUAAUGUAUCCCUAGGUUUAUUGAGUGUAGCUCUAGUAUCACAUCACAACAAUUUUGGGUUGUAACAUAGAAGUCUAAAUUUACAUCAAAAUGUAAGAUAGGGGGGAGGAGAGGGAAGGGGUUGGGUUAGUUCCAUUCAUUUGAUUAUAACUGAGAUGUAAUUGUUGUUCAUAGUCCCACUCGGCUUCUAUAUAAUAUGACUGGUGCUUUUGCAGGUUUUUCACUUA